AUGAGGAAGAGAGGGGGGAAAAGAAAGCAACUGGUGCCCAGGAUGGGGAAGAGAGACAAGUCCCGCUCCCCCGGUGUCCGGGUGGAGGCGUUGCUACUUCAGGCUUGGUUCAGGCUUGGUACCGUCGUAGCUUCAAUUUGGGCAAGGUUGUACUGCUCCCGGGCUGCUAAGGUACCUCCUCAGUACUACUUGGUUACUACUCCUACUUACUACUUACUUACCGUAAUCCCCUUAUCCAUCCGUCCAUCCUACCCCAAGUCUACCUUUCUUUCCCUUCCGCGCGACCGCGUAAGUAUGAUUAACCUUGUCGGUCCAGGGUUCAAUCCCAAUCCUUACUUUACUGGAUCGGCUAUGCAGGUUAACCUAGAUCUUACCGGGCGCUGGUCUACUUCCCACCAUGGACAAUCCAUACUUCUUACAUACCUGACUAGUCAUGCCUGUCGCUCUAAGCGCUUCUCCACUAUCGGGAAAGCCACGACUACUGACUGUUCUGGAUGCGGGUCAUUGAUACUAAAUGGAGGGACAGUCUUUUCCCGGCAGGCCCUCGCAAUGUCACUGGAUGGACGACCUCCUGCAUUGGCGGCUGCAAUCUCAGCUCUCGUUUCCGUUGCUCCGGGGAAGGCAGUCGAUGAUCAACUAGCGAACAACCAUCUCGUUAUUUCCCUUCCCCCCUCCUCCCACUACACGGGGACUCCUAUUCACUCCGGUACACUAUUGCGACGCUCCCGUCUGCCAGGUGCUGAUUGUGACCUUAGGACUGUAGUCGACUCGGUGGUCACCUCCGACAGCACUGUGCUCAUUCGUAACCAUGGUACGCCAUGGCAUGACAUAGCACAGGGAUAUAUUAGCGGCGUGAUCCUGUGGCGUCCAGCCGACCAACAUCAUCUUCAUCGGGCUCUGCCCCAGAUUCGUUCACAAGCAGACGGGGGGUUGAAACUUUUGGGUUUCCGGGGGAUGGCGGGACGGUAUCACAAGAACACUCGCCAAGCACCCCGAUCGGAGGGUCUGAUUUCUCAGAGAGCAAUAUGGGGAGGUGAAGUAGAUAGUAGUCAAGCUAAUCAUCAUUUAGCUACACAAACCACAUGCACCUCAGAGAUAGAUCGCUGUGAGCAUCCCCUGGACCAAGAUACUACCUCAACCUCGGUGGGCGGUCCAAUGAGACGCCUAUAUCACUGGAUGUGGUGCUGUUCGCGGAAGUUUCACUCAAGCCGGAUUAGGGACCCCCUGUAUGGCCCGCAGCCAGUGCCUGGAGGGCUGACCAGGAAGAUGCAGCACACCCAGGUUACGGCUAUCACAGGCAUAAGUGAGUAUAUUAUAGUCAGUAGCAAGUCAAGCUGGGAAGAGUGCUUGAUAGUUAUUGCUGUUGUUCAUUUGCCAUAUCCGCAGAGGCUACGGAACGUUACGGCAGUACUUUCCCUAACGAGGAAGACUGUGGCCCAUUACGCCAAUGAAGCUGCCCGUGACUUGCCCAUCUCUCAACAAUGCCGAAAAGGGGAUUGUCUGCUAUUUUCGCCCUCUCGGGACAAUCGGGAUAACCGUGGUACUGCUUGCUGGGGUUCGGCUAUCGCUGCCUGGCUCUUUGCUCCUUCUCCCCGUUCCCGCGGACAUCUCUCGGACCUAGGCUUUUGA